AUGGGGCAGCGAGUGGAACAGGCAACACGGGAAGAGUUUUCCCUCUUCUCCCUCUUGUUUGGACCUGGCUGUCACAGAAUCUCUCAGGAAUCCUGCGAGAAGGGAGAGUUGAGCACUGGGAGAGCCCUCACAGAGCUUUUUUCUCCCCAUCCUCGCUCUGGAUGGAGCUGGAGGUUUCUGCACGGGGCGGGCAGUGGAUUGGCUUUCCCAGGGCUGACAUUGGGGUGUCCCUGCUGUCCCCUCCACCCCACAGCUGUCAAGAUCAAGAAGAACAAGGACAAUGUGAAGUUCAAGGUGCGCUGCAGCCGGUACCUCUACACCCUGGUCAUCACCGACAAGGAGAAGGCUGAGAAGCUGAAGCAGUCCCUGCCCCCAGGUCUGGCCGUGAAGGAGCUGAAAUGAGCCGGGACCAGCUGUGUACCUGUUGGAUUCUCUGUGUUUGUUAAAAGAAAUAAAAAACUGUUCCUGGUGUCA